AUGGUGCUCACUCACCUCAUCCUUCUAGCUACUAUAGCAAAGCUCGUAGCGGCACUGCCUUUGGACAGUAACACGGCGCCUCUGUAUCGCUCAGAUGUUCACUUCAACGUCCAGCAAGCCGCUGCAGGCGCAGUGCCGCUGAACAAACAGCUGAUGGGGCUGUCCAUUGAAUUUGGGAACACGGUAGAUUAUUUUGGUGACGUGGACAAUCCAAACACCUUCUCAAAACAACUUCUACAGAACAUCGUCGAUCGGUCUCGGAGUCCAGCUAUCCUACGCAUAGGUGGCAAUACUCAAGAUCGAGCUAGCUUCUGCGAGAACUGUGAUCAGACAAUGAGUAGCAUUGUGCUAAACGACCCCAACGACCCCAAGGGUACUGAAGCAGUUGAGGUUACGUUUAACAAGAACUUAUUUAAUGUCCUGACGAACAACGUGCCAUCUAGAACUCCGCUCAUUUUUGGACUCAACUUUCGCAACAACAGCUACUCCCUGGCCCAAGCUGAGAUCGACGGUGCCUUCAAAUACAUCGACCAAUCUCUGGUGAUGGCAUACGAACUAGGCAAUGAAGUGAACCUGUAUGGUGACUUUCGACCAGCAGACUACGACGUGAAUGAUUAUGCCUGUCAAAUGCAUGAAUGGAUACCACGUCUCCGAGCUCGCUCGUCGGCCACUUCCAGCUUCCAGUUUCCAUCAUUUGCAGGCCCGGAAUUAUUCAAGCCGGAUAUGAGUAUCUCGGAACUAGUGAGGUUAGACGUGCCACAGUCUAUUCCAGGGAUUGAAUAUUUCUCCGUCCAUGGCUACCCCUGGAAUAUAUGCACGGACGAAGACGCAGCCAAAGUCGACCUAAGAAACCUCCUCGACCACAAGCAGACCCUAGCCCUCCUUGAUCAAUACAGCGGCGAGAUAUCCGCCGCAAAACCACUGGGAAAAAAGAUACACAUGGGCGAAACAGGCUCCGUUGCCUGCCACGGGAAGGACGGGGUAUCGAACACGCUUGGAGCAGCACUCUGGCAACUGGACUACGCGCUCGCCGGCGCCACAGCUGGGAUUGAUCGAUUCUUCUUCCAUAACGGCAAAGGCGACUUCUACUAUUCUACGUGGGAGCCGUUGCCGACAGAUACAUCGCCGGUCCCCCAUAUUAACCCUACCAUGCUCUUUAUUGCAGACCUCGUAGCAGAUCUCAAGGUUCCCAGGAUCGCGCCGAUAACGUCGCUUGAUUCCAGCUCUGCUGUACAUUUUGCUAUUUACGACAAUGACCAGAUGGAGAAGCUUGUUAUCUUGAAUAUGGAGUAUUUUAACGAGACAAAUACCCGGUCGAGUAGGGAGUUCAACGUUGUCUCUAGCCUUGGGUCCAAUCUAAGGGUUAGACGCUUGACGGGCCAAAGUUCCGAUGCGAGAACCGGCGUGACUUGGACUGGUCAGAGUGUCGACGCGAGCGGGGGAAUCAUAGGUGACUUGAGCAUCGAGAAUAUCUCGACUGGCCUCGUAACUCUGCUCGCUUCGGAGGCUGUCAUAGUAGAAAGAGGGUAAUACUGACAGCUGCUAUAUAGCAACAACCAAUGAAAUAGGCAAUACAAAGCAUAUAACGGAAAGGGGGAUUUGCUGGCAGUUAUCAGUAAACUAGAAUGCAAUUUUUAUCUAGUCGAUUUGACUAUCGAACGCUAGGUGCAGCCAGUGGGGUACCUAACUGAAUUGAAGAAAAGGACGAGAUGAGGAGAUUCAAUUGUGAUCUAGAUCAAGCUUUUGAUGGGUGGAAGAAGUAUUGACGCACGUUGUAUAGACCAAGCCGUAUGCUUAGCUGGAUCGAACCUGGGGAUUGAUUUCACUGUCAUGGCAAGAUGACUUAAUUGUUUAUGCUUUCGGAAGUAGACGUGGAUUGCUCCAUAAUUAUUAGGGUUUUGAUGUCAUACCUAUUGGCACUUGCCGGGUUUUGACGAUCUGCAUUCUGGAAUGUUAAACCCGCCCCCAGGAGCUGGGUUUUC